AUGGUGUCAUCGCCUCCUGCUCCGGUCAGCCAUCUACCUCAAACUGUUCUUUUCGAUGACGAAAGUGUGAAUCUCCUUAACAAUACUGGUUCCAACUACAAUCACGAUGGUCUCGUCGUUAAUAAUGAUGACGAACCUUCCAUUCCUUCUAAUAUUGAUUCAGUUAUUGAGGAUUUCGAAGCUGUAACUGUGCCAUGGAAGACGAGUGCUCUGGUGCUUGCCUACGUUGUUAUUUGGCUCACCUAUUUUGUCGAAGGAAUUCUAUCAGCUACUACCGGAAUUCUGACACCUUAUGUCACUUCCACCUUUGCCCAGCAUUCUUUUACUCCUGCUGUCGGUAUCUCAAGCAGUGUGAUUGGUGGUGUUACCAACCUCACUCUCGCCAAAAUUCUUGAUAUUUUUGGCCGGGCUCACGGACUUCUUUUCUGCAUCAUUAUCGCUACAAGUGGUCUUGUUAUGAUGAGUACUUGCAACAGCGUUCAAGGUUAUGCCACUGCUCAAGUCUUCCAGACUAUUGGAAACAAUGGCAUUCUCUAUAGCCUGACUGUACUUGUUGCUGACACUUCUUCAAUGCGCAACAGGGGUUUGGUACAAGCCAUAGUCAGCUCACCGAAUCUUAUUACGUCUUGGCUUUCUGGCCCCAUAUCAUCAAGAUUUAUGAACGGUCCAGGCUGGCGUUGGGCAUUUGGCUUGUUUUCGAUUCUCGUGCCGUCUAUCACUCUCCCACUUUUCUUCCUUUUGUUGAGUCAUCUCAAUAUCAAGAAAAUGAGCAUGCCUCAAAGGAGUGAGAGUGAGAGUGAUAGUGGUCGUAGUCUUCUACGAACAUUUCUCCACUAUUUUCGACAAUUCGAUGCUAUUGGCCUUAUUCUCUUAUCAACAGGUGUUGCACUACUUCUUGUAUCACUCAAUCUCUACGCACUACAAGACUGGAAUUCGAUAUAUGCUAUUACAUUGUCAAUUACCGGAAGUCUCUUCAUCGUCUUGUUUGUGGUGUGGGAGAGAUAUUAUGCGACUAUCACUUUCGUGUCAUACUCAAUUCUUCUUGAUCGCACCGUGUUGGGCGCUUGCAUUCUAUCCUCCGCUUUAUUCAUUAGCUUCUGGUGUUGGAAUAGCUUCUUCAGCUCGUAUCUCCAAGUUGUGAACAACCUCAGUAUCGAAAACGCAAGCUAUGUGGUGCAGUUAUAUACCGUCUUUUCAGUCUUGUGCAGCAUCGCCGUUGGCGCCCUAAUUCACCUGACUGGGCAUUUCAAGCCAGUGUGCCUCUAUGUAGGGGUCCCAUUGAGUCUUCUGGGUUUAAUAUCAAUGUCAUAUUAUGGAAAUAGUGAAAAUGGAAUUGGAUACAUAGUUGUGUCUCAGAUUUUCAUUUCCGUCGCUGCUGGCGUCAUCAUGGUUUGUGAUGAAGUUGCAAUUCUGGCUGCUGCCCCUAAUCAUGACGCGGCUGUUUGUCUGGCUGUGUUAGGGUUAUUUGGUAAUAUUGGAGGAGCAAUUGGUUUAACCAUUGCAUCAACAGUUUGGCAGAAUAUCUUCCGCAGGAAGCUAAUGGAGUUUGUUCCAAUAGAACAGCUUCCAAAUGUGGCCAAAAUUUAUGCAGAUCUAUCUACCCAGCUCUCAUAUCCCAUUGGUUCUGAGACACGCAUCGCCAUCCAGCAUGCUUACGAAGAUACCCAAGGGAAAUUGUUGGCUAUAGCAAUGGCAGUAUGGGCCGGUGGCUUCAUCGCGGUUGUUUUGUGGCGGAACAUCAAUGUCAUGGACAUAAAUCAGAGUAAAUUAUAUAGUUAG